CUCUCUCUCAAAAGAUACACACUCACAUACACGCACUCGCACACAGACAUGGAGGAACGCACAUGCACGGAUCUUGCUCUCGCUCUCUGACUGUUCCGCGCCUCGGCACUCCGGACACACCGACAGAAGCGAACGCUGCAGCGCUAUUAUCCUCGCGCACUCCUCGCGGGGUGAUUUUCUCACUGUCUCCCCCCCCCCCCCCCCCCCCCAACCCCUCCCUCUGAACUGCUCUCCUCCAUCUGCGAGUCAUCUGUAUCAUGAACCUGCUUUCGGCUUGUUGCUAAGGACACUAAAAUAGCCAGGAGUGGACUCAAGCGUUGUUUUGUUGCUAAGGUCACAGCAGCCAUGGCACAAGGGCACCAGAGUGGCGUGGGCAUCGCUGAUCCAGACGAUGACUCGCCCAACAUGAUCGUCUUCAGAAAGAUUGAGGACGUUGUGUCACGGCUGCAGGAUGAGAAGGAGGGGGGCGUGGCCAUCCGCACCGUCAAGAGCUUCCUGUCCAAGAUCCCCAGCGUGGCGGCCGGGUCAGAUAUUGUGCAGUGGUUGAUGAAGCAUCUCUCUAUUGAAGAAACAGUUGAGGCUGUCCAUCUGGGCAGUCUGAUCGCUGCCCAUGGUUACUUCUUCCCCAUCUCGGAUCACGUGCUCACACUGAAGGAUGAUGGGACAUUUUACCGCUUCCAGUCUCCAUACUUCUGGCCUUCAAACUGCUGGGAGCCUGAGAACACUGACUAUGCCAUUUACCUGUGCAAGCGCACCAUGCAGAACAAGGCCAGACUGGAGCUGGCUGACUAUGAAGCUGAGAAUCUGGCUCGGCUGCAGAGGGCGUUCGCCAGAAAGUGGGAGUUUAUCUUCAUGCAGGCUGAGGCGCAGGUUAAGAUCGACAGGAAGAAGGACAAGGUGGAACGGAAGAUCUUGGACAGUCAGGAGAGGGCAUUUUGGGACGUCCAUCGGCCUGUGCCAGGUUGUGUGAACACCACAGAUAUGGACAUCCGCAAGUGCAGACGUGAGAGAAACCCUCAGAGAGUUAAAAAGUCUGUGUACGGUGUAACGGAGGAAAGUCAGUCACAGAGUUCACAGCCGCCCUCUCAGCCCUGCAGGACCUCCACUAAAGAGGACGUCAGGAAGGAGAUUUCGUUCUUAAACACGCAGCUGGACAGACACUGUAUGAAGAUGUCCAAAGUAGCCGAAAGUCUGAUUGGCUACACAGAGCAGUUCAUGGAGUACGACCCCUUUGUGACCCCGACGGAGCCGUCCAACCCCUGGAUCAGCGAUGACACCACCUUCUGGGACAUUGAGGCCAGGGACCCGCACCAGCACAGAGUCAAGAGGUGGAGCUUCUCUCUGGAGGAGGCCCUCAAAGACCCCGCCGGACGAGACCAGUUCCUCAAGUUCCUCGAGUCGGAGUUCAGCUCGGAGAACCUUCGCUUCUGGCUGGCGGUGCAGGACCUGAAGCGUCGGCCUCAGCAGGACGUGUGUGUGCGGGCGCAGGAGAUCUGGCAGGAGUUCCUGGCGGAGGGGGCACCCAGCUCCAUCAACCUGGACUCCCACAGCUACGAGCGCACCAGCCACAACAUCAAAGACCCCGGCCGCUACAGCUUCGAGGACGCCCAGGAGCACAUAUUCCAGCUGAUGAAGAGUGAUAGCUACUCUCGCUUCCUACGCUCCAGCACCUAUCAGGACCUCCUGCUGGCCCGCAAGAAGCCUCCUCCUGAGAGUGAGCAGGGCCGCCGCACCUCACUGGAGAAGUUCACUCGCAGCAUGGGCAAGUCGCUGACGGGGAAGCGUCUGACAGGCCUGAUGCAGUCAUCCUGACACAGCCCGGACUGCUGGAUCAACACCACACACACACACACACACACACACACACACACACACACACACACACAUACACACACACACACACU